AUGAGUUUCGAAGGGGAUCACAACUUGCAGAACCUGUUUGGCGAGGACUCCGAGCCCCGGAAGGGCGCGGACGGCAGCGGCCUGCCCAGCGACCCGAACAUCACGCCCAGCAUCCUGCUGGAGCAGCUAGCGUACGUCGACAACUUCAUGCCCGACCUAGAGAACGAGCUCACGUCGUUCGGAUCGCUCCUGGACGGCGAGGCACAGAGCGGCGCGCUGGGCAUGGACGAGCGUCUGGCUGCCGAGCUGAGCGCGUUUGCAGACGACACUUUCAUCUUCCCUGACGAGAACAAGCCACAGGACCCGGACCGCAACGACGCGCUGGGCGGCGGCGACCAGGUCGACGUCGCCAACGCGCCCGCGUACCCGCGCGCUUCUUCCGCGCAACCGCACCAGCGCAACUCGCAUUUCCUCACCCAGCGCAGGAACAACUUCCUGGCGUCGCAGUACGACUACUCGCGCCAGCGGUUUUCGUCCAAGAACCGCCGCCGCAGCGCCGACCAAUCGCCCGUGGACGACCACGGCGGGUUCACCAACGUCGACAUCACCGAGGGCCAGCCCGCGCUCUUCGGCCAGACCGGCCAGCCAUACAUCACGUCCCCGCUCAGCAACCUGGUCGCCACCGCCUCGAACCCGCAGUCCCAGCAGCCCUACUCGAUUUCGAACACGCCCUCGUCCAACCCCAACACAAUCACCGAGUCCAGCUCGGUCGUCACUCCGUUCAUGUCGAACGUGCUUCCACACGCGCCCGCGCCCGAGCACCCACCACAGCAGCGCCAGCAGUCUGUUGGUCAGAUACACAUGCCCGACUAUUCGUCUAUACCGACCAGCACGCUGAUUGCCCUGCUGCCCAAAAUCGGAGUACCGCCUGGUGCGUACCGAUCACUUCUCAACGUGGGCUUUGAACCCGACCAAAUAGACGCAAUUGCGGCCAUCAUCGCCUACUAUCAGACCAGAAAACUAAACACCACAGAGACCACUCAAAGAGCAACUGCGCUGCCGGAGGGGAACCCGGCUAGUUUCUUAUUGCAGGCUCUUCAAAGCGACAACACUUCGCGGUCUACAGUACCUGCUUUGAGCACGAAUCUUCGAGAGGAUAGCGGUCCCAGCCAGGGAUCUCACGACAUGGGCAACGCCAAUUUUGCGGGCGACGCCUCUGCUAGUUUUUUCCAUUCAUUAUUAGACAUGAACAACGCAAAGCAGGAGCCCAGUCCAGGUGCGGAUUCGGGAGGCCAAUCCGGGAGCUCUUCAAGCCAGUCAGAGAAACCUUCCACUCCCGAAACAGAGAGAUUCUCAACGGGCUUAGAGCAUUCUUCUCACCCGCCAACCACAGACUCAAAAGACGCGAUUCCAAGGCAAGCGUUACCGUCCGAUGAAAAGGCCUCUAAAGAACAGCAGAAACCCCACUUGAAGCGCAAAUUGAAAGAGCAAGAGUUAGAAAAAUCAAUACAAGAGUUGAGCGAGUUAGCUAUGAGCCUACAGCAGCGUAUACACACUCUAGAAAUGGAAAAUCGUCUUUUGAAAAACUUGGUAAUGGAGAGAGGUGAACUGAAAGGGAUCGAAGAAGUCGAAAAUGUUAGGCGGGAACUAAUAAAAAAAAUCAGCGAGGAGUCAGGUAAAGCUGACGCUGGUAAACCGGGGCAGUCGGUAUGA